UGUGGUGGGGGAUGUUCACAUUUAGGGUUCGUGUGACCCCUCCCUGUUCCUGCCUCACCAUCCUGCUUCGGACUCUCUUUUUCCUGCAAGCGGAGGCGCUAUCCGGCAGGCCGCCCCCGCGCCGGUCUGCUCCGCUCGGCUUGGUGCCAGCGGGCUGGCUUGCUAGCGCCUUCGGUGCUGACGUCAGCGCAUCCCAGGCCGUAUCCCGGGAGACCCUGUUGCAUGGUGAUGGGUUGCCACGGAGAUAUACACCUUUUCUCUGGGCCAGGGCCGCAGCUGCGCGGAGCGUCGCCCCUUCAUGGAUGGCAGCGGCUAGGGGAAGCGAGGGGAGGGAGGGAGAGCGAGCCAGGAAACACCCGGCAGGUUCUCCUUCCCACAGGCCUGGCCAGAGGCCAUCGGCGCCAAUCUGGAGGCCCUGUCAGCCAGGUGAAUGUUGGAGAUACAGUCGCGAUGCUGCCCAAGUCCCGGAGAGCCCUAACCAUCCAGGAGAUCGCUGCGCUGGCCAGAUCUUCUCUGCAUGGUAUUUCCCAGGUGGUGAAGGACCACGUGACUAAGCCCACAGCCAUGGCCCAGGGCCGCGUGGCUCACCUCAUCGAAUGGAAGGGCUGGAGCAAGCCCAGCGACUCACCUGCAGCUUUGGAAUCAGCCUUUUCCUCCUAUUCAGACCUCAGUGAGGGGGAACAAGAAGCUCGCUUUGCAGCAGGAGUGGCCGAGCAGUUUGCUAUUGCAGAAGCUAAGCUCCGAGCAUGGUCUUCAGUGGAUGGGGAUGACUCCACUGACGACUCCUACGAUGAAGACUUCACUGGGGGAACUGACUCAGACAUGACUGGGUCUCUGGGGCCCCACCUCCAGGACCUCUUCACAGGUCGUCGAUUCUCCCGGCCAGUGCGCCAGGGCUCUGUGGAGCCUGAGAGCGACUGUUCCCAGACCGUGUCCCCGGACACCCUGUGCUCUAGUCUGUGCAGCCUGGAGGAUGGGUUGCUGGGCUCCCCGGCCAGGAUGACCUCCCAGAUGUUGGGUGAAGAGCUGCUCCUUGCCAGACUGCCCCCCAGCCGGGAAAGUGCCUUCCGCAGCCUGGGUCCAUUGGAGGCCCAGGACUCACUUUACAAUUCACCACUCACGGAAUCCUGCCUUUCCCCUGCCGAGGAGGAGCCCGAUUCUUGCAAGGACUGCCGGCUGCUCCGCCCACUGCCUGUAGGCAGCUGGGAAAGGCAGCAGCAAGUCUCUGAUGUAGCCUCUUCUGGGGUCACAUCCUUAGAUGAGGAUGAGGUGGAGGCUGAGGACCAGUGACUCAGACAUGCCCAGUGGUGGCAUGUUUCCCCUGGCUGCUGCCUGGGGCAGAGCCUCUGCGGCCAAAACGUGGGCUCUGGAGCUCCGAGGGCUUCCGGGAGCGCUCACUUCUCCAUUGUGUGUUUUGCAUGAAAGUGUUUGGAGAGGAGGCAGGGGCCAGGUUUGGGGGCGCAUGUACUGCUUCCACUCUUGGGGUUUGCCGGGGCUUGCCCGGGACCCCUGGGGCAUGGCUACAGCUGUGGCAGACAGUGAUGUUCAUGUUUCUUGAAUCCAAAAUGCCACAUUUCCUUCUGGGACGUGAACCUGAGGGGGUCGUGUGGCUGGGCUGGGAGGGUGGGGAUGGAGGAAGCCCGGCCACCUCCUCCACCCUCCCUUGUGCCCCUUCUCCUCUGCUUCUCUCUUCACCGAGUCCACGUGCUUGACUGAACCACCCGCACCCGCGGGCUGGCUCCCGCCCGCCCGCCCGCCCUCCUGGAGUCUACAGAUUGAGCCGUCCCGAAGGGUCCCCUUGCCCAGCUGGGCGCUGCUGUGCUCCCCUCUCCACUGUCUCUAAACCUUUUUUCCUAAAGACAGGGGGUUUCUGGUCUGUUCUUUGAGCCGAUCUUCUCUGGGAGGCACUGGAAUGAUGAAAGGGUGUGUCUUCCUCCCCCUUCCCUGCCCCUCCCUCCCCUCAACCCUGGCCCUUUCCCAGCAUGGCAGGGUCCGUGUGGGCGUGCACAGAGUUCUCAGUAGGGCGGAACUGGAAAAAGGAAGGUCUCUGGUUGUUAGAGCCGAGUGCCAUGUUCUUUCAGAGAGGACCACAAGGGGGCCACCUGGGCAGCUGGAAGGUUUGUGCCAAUGAAUGGACAGUCAUGAGGGAGUAGCUGUCCUUGGGAAAGAAGGCAGUGCUUUUCUUGGCUGAAUGGCAAGCUGUAGCCACAGUCGUCAGGGGUUAGGGGGCCGGCACAGUCAGGGUAUUGCUGAUCAGGCAGCGGAGGCCUCUGGCUUGUCCUACAUUACUGGGACCCUGGGGUUGGUAGGUGGCUGUGAGUCUCAUAGGCUUGGGCAGGUAAGAGGAUCCAAGAAAACACGAGCCGACAGCACACGUGUUCUAUACAUGAGUGGCUAAUUAGGUGUUUAUUCUAUUUAUUGUUUUAUUAAAUUAAUAUAAAAAUCUUUGUAAAUUUC